AUGGUCGUACUGAAUUCGACGCGUUCCGGUCAUACGGGUAUCGUGAAGGGUUUGAGUUGGGAUCCCAUCGGAAAGUUUCUGGCCUCGCAGUCGGCCGAUAGAACCGUUAAGAUAUGGGCUAUAGAUGGUUGGCAGUGCGUGAAAACAAUUGUGGAGCCGUUUGUUGAGAGUUCACCCACGACAAUGUUCUGUCGAAUGGACUGGUCUCCAGAUGGCACUUAUUUGGUAUUGCCGUGUGCAACAAACAAUGAAGGACCAACAGCUCAACUCGUUCGACGCAAGGAUUGGAGUAUGUCAUUGGAUCUUGUGGGUCAUCGGAAAGCGGUUACUGUGAUACGAGCAUGUCCACGACUAUUGCAUUAUACCACACACAAGACCGAUUCAUUGCAGGGUACCCAAUUGAAAGUGACAUGUUUUGCGGUCGGUAGUCGUGAUAAAGCGCUGAGCGUGUGGCUGAUACCGCACAUCGAUCGGCCGAUUGUCGUCCUCAAUCGACUCUUCAAACAUUCAAUUCUUGAUUUCUCGUGGAAUGGUCUUCAUUUAACGAUUUGCUCGAUGGACGGAUCAGUGAAGUCGAUUCUCUUCAAUGCAAAUGAAGUGGGUCGUUUGAUGAGCGAUUUGGAAAUGGUCAUUUCAUUUGCAUUAUUUCGUCGACUUCCGCAAUAUUCAACGGCAACAAAUUUAGCGAUGACAACAAAGAUGAAUGGUGACGAUGUGGGGACGUUUUUGAAGAGAGGAACGAGGGACGGGAAUUUGCCGUUGGGAUAUGAACUGGAGAUGAUGAAGGCGAAAAUGGACGCCGAGAAGAGACGGAAUGAAGAAGAAUCGAAGCGUCGCGAAUCGUUGAUGAGGAACAGAUUUGAGGCGCACGAAAAUGCGGUCACAAACGGCAUCUCUGCACCAUCAACAACUGAUUCUCCAAAAACAAAUCAAUUGAACGAGGAAGUGAUCUCAUCGAAAGAUCAAGCGCCAGUACGAGCGAUUGUAAGGCCUCAAUCAGCGGCAGAAUCGCCUGAGAUAGUGUCCUCGCAAAGUGCAUCUGAAUUGAAUCGACCACAACAACCCGUUCACAAUACCGAACAAAAGGAAGUGAGAACCAAGAGUGGCAAACGUCGAAUUCAACCCGUCUUCGUGGCCUCAUUAAUGGCCCCCGAAGAAGAUUCCUCUACAGUGAGCAACAUUCAGCAGCAGCUGAAUCGUUCAGCGCGACCGUAUGCACUUUCUACCUCUCACCCAUUGUCUUUUCAAUCAUCGCAAUUGUGA